GCGCCGAAGACCGGGGAGGGAGGGGGAAGCAGGGCGGAGCAUCGACCCCAGACGGAGCGCGGGGGUUGGUUGAGUCUUCCUGUGCGAGAGGCGUUGGACGUCGACGCUGGAACGAGGCCGACGUGACGUGUGGUGGCGGCAGACGCAGGGGGCGGGGCAGAGGGCGCCCCGCGGCGUUGGCGCUUCGUUCGAAGUGGACCCUUCGGUGGCGGGUCUGGAGCGGGCUCCUGAGGAGCGCGCGGGGCGGAUGAUGGAGCCCGGGCGCGGGGCGGGGGCUCUGCCGGGCACGGAGGAGGCGGCUGGUGCAGCUCAGGGAAAGGGCAGGGUUAAUUUCCCAUUUCCUUACACCCCUUACUCCAUCCAAGAGGAUUUCAUGGCCAAGCUGUAUGAUGUUCUGGAGGCUGGCAAAGUCGGGAUCUUUGAGAGUCCCACAGGGACGGGAAAAUCCUUGAGUCUUAUCUGUGGAGCGCUCUCUUGGCUCCGAGAUUUUGAAGAAAAAAAGAAGCAGGAGGAGGCCCGCCUCCUUGCAGAUGAACAUAAUGGACAAGACAAGCAACAACAGCCGACGUCAUGCUGUGCAGAGGCCUCAAACUGCCAGGGCUCAGUAGGGGAGCUAGAUUGGAUUACUGAGUUUAUGCAGAAAAAAGAAGAGAGGGCCAUGGUGGACAGACUAAAGGAAGAGCAAAUCAGGAGGAAGAAGCGAGAGGCUCGUCUUGAGAAAAUUCGCCAUAACGUGCAACUCAAAUAUGCAUCAAAAAGAAAGAGGCUUGAAGAUGAUGAGACUCAGCGGCUGCUCCAGCUCAGUACAGAGAUCUUGUCGACGGAGUUAGGGUCAGAUGUUCUAGAGCAGCUGGAUCAGGAGGAGGAGGAGCUGAUUCUUGCCGAGUAUGAGAGUGAUGAGGAGAAGAAAGUGGGAUCGUGGUUGGAUGAAGAUGAUGAUGAUUUGGAGGAGGAGCAUGUGACCAAGAUUUACUACUGCAGCCGCACACACUCCCAGCUGGCUCAGUUUGUGCAUGAAGUUCAGAAGAGCCCUUUUGGUGAGGAGAUACGGCUGGUGUCACUGGGGUCCAGGCAGAACCUCUGUGUGAACGAGGAGGUGCGCCAUCUGGGGGCUGUCCAGCUGAUCAAUGACCGCUGUAUGGAAAUGCAGAAGAACAAACAUGGGAAGAAGAGUGAGGGAGAGGAAUCAGAGGGGAAGAAAAGGCGUGUGAGCCGGGCUGUGUGUCCAUUUUACUCCUAUGAGCAAAUGCAGUUUUUCCGGGACGAGGUUCUAGUCAAGGUGAAAGAUAUUGAGCAGCUCGUGGCCUUGGGCAAGGAGAUUAAAGCCUGUCCGUAUUAUGGGAGUCGCUAUGCCAUUCCUGCCGCCCAGCUGGUGGUGUUGCCCUAUCAGAUGCUCCUGCAUGAAUCUACCAGGUGUGCUUCUGGGAUCAAACUGAAGGAUCAGGUGGUGAUUAUUGAUGAGGCCCACAAUCUGAUAGACACUAUAACCUGCAUCUACAGUGCUGAAGUCCGUGGCUCUCAGCUGUGCUGUGCCCACUCCCAGCUGCUGCAGUACAUGGAACGAUACAGGAAACGUCUGAAGGCAAAAAACCUGAUGUACAUUAAACAGAUUCUGUAUUUGCUGGAGAGGUUUGUGUCCAUACUGGGAGGAAACGUGAAUCAAAAUCCAAAUGCUCAGAGCAUUUCACAAGCAGGGACAGAACUAAAAUCUAUCAAUGACUUCCUGUUUCAGAGUCAGAUUGACAAUAUCAACCUCUUCAAGGUUCAGCGUUACUGUGAGAAAAGUCUGAUCAGCAGGAAGCUUUUUGGGUUUGUGGAGAGAUAUGGAGCCACCAGUGUUGUAAAAACUAACAAGGAAAAGCAGAAGAUGGCUGGACUGCAGAACUUCCUUCUCGCCCUGCAUCAGGGCCCUGACAAAGAAGCUGCUAUUCAGUGCCCUCCUGUGGAGGCUGAGGAUGGCCAGCCCAAGAUGGCCUCUCCUCUGAUGCAGAUUGAAGGAUUUCUCUCUGCUCUCACCAAUGCAAACCAAGAUGGGAGAGUCAUCCUCAACCGGCAAGGCACUGUAGGUCAAAGCAGCCUCAAAUUCCUCUUGCUGAAUCCAGCUGUCCAUUUUGCCAAGGUGCUGAAGGAAUGUCGUGCUGCGAUCAUCGCAGGGGGCACCAUGCAGCCGGUGUCUGAUUUCCGAGAGCAGUUGCUGUCGUGUGCCAUCGGUGCUGACAGGGUGGUGGAGUUCUCCUGUGGUCAUGUGAUUCCUCCAGACAACAUUUUACCCAUAAUCCUCUGCAGUGGUCCAUCUAACCAGCAGCUAGAGUUCACCUAUCAGAAGAGAGACCUGCCUCAGAUGAUGGAUGAGAUGGGCCGAAUCCUUGGUAACCUGUGCAAUGUGGUCCCUGGGGGUGUAGUGUGCUUCUUUCCUUCCUAUGAGUACGAGAAGCAGGUGUACACGCACUGGGAGAGGACGGGGCUGCUCACCCGCUUGGCGACUAAGAAGAAGAUAUUUCAGGAGCCCAAGAAAGCAAACCAGGUGGAGCAGGUGCUGUCAGAGUAUGCUAAGUGCAUAAAGCGCUGCAGCCAGGUGGGAGGCCAUGUGACGGGGGCCCUGCUCUUUUCUGUGGUUGGAGGGAAAAUGAGUGAAGGAAUCAAUUUCUCUGAUGACCUGGGAAGGUGUGUCGUUAUGGUGGGCAUGCCUUACCCCAACAUCAAGUCCCCAGAACUCCAGGAGAAAAUGGCCUAUCUUGACAAAACAAUGCCAAGGAGUGCGGGCCAGCCACCUAGCAAAAUGCUGAUUGAAAAUCUAUGCAUGAAGGCAGUAAACCAGUCAAUAGGGCGAGCGAUUCGCCAUCAGAAGGACUUUGCUAGCAUCCUACUCGUAGAUCACAGGUAUGCACGCCCCUCAGUCUUCAACAAAUUACCCCAGUGGAUCAAGGAAAGAACAGAGAUCAAACCUGCCUUUGGACCAGCAUUUGCAGCAUUAAGGAAGUUUCACCAAGAGAAGAAGUCAUGUCAUGGGUCAGAAGCUUCCUGAGGGAGAAGGAAGAGCAUUGUGCUGAUGACAGGUACAGAGCCCUCUGCAAUUGCUGUCCCUGCAACAGAAGUUUUUUCCCCAAGACUUUGCAGUUGAAAAUUAUUGACCAAAGCUAUUUGUGCCCAUGUGGCUUCUGGGCAGCGACUGAUUAUAUUGCAUUUGAGCUGGGCUGGACAGUGGAAAGUACCGUAGCUCAGGCUGUGUGAGGGGAGGGGAGAUAAGAGCACCCGCAGCUACUGGAUCUGACUCCCACUUGGACUAGCCUCUCUUCUGCACCGAGGGUGCUGCGUCUGGGUUUUGUUACUCCUCCCCUUUGUUAUUAAUACUUGUCCUCUUGGUGCAGCGCUCAGGGCAAAGUAUGAAAAAUCAGGCUGAUGUUCCCUGGCUGCUGCUUUCCCUUUCCAGUAGGGGGUGGGGGACUAGUACUGCUCUUGUGGAGGCCCCCAGAAGCUCAACAACUGAAAGCUAGAGCCUAGAUUUAUAUCCCUUCCACCCCCUUAGCUAAUGGUCCUGUGGCCACAUACUGAAUUAACUGAUCUGUGGAGCAGGUAAGGGCAAAUGCCUUGGGCCACUUGAGGCAUUUUCAACUCUUAGUUUUGCCUUGCCUGAAGUUACAUCUCUGACCACUGGCAUUGUGUUAAUAAUCUGUGCUUUCCCAGAGCCCUCACUAGAUAAUGUCUGGGGGGCAGUAUUGCUAGCUGGCUUGCUUGCCCCCUGAAAGAAUAUUUAGGGAGCUUACAGGACACAUGGGAGUCUUUUUUCUGCCAUGGCAUAAAGUGCUGUAAGAGCAUGAAUCUGCAGCACUCCACAUGGGGCUUCAUCCAUGCCACCUGGGUGGCUUGCAUUUGUAUUUACCCAUCCAAGGCCUUUAUUUCCUCAUUGAUGUUGUGUAAGCAUUCUCCGGCUGAGGCUAUAGCUGUUCACCGCCUUUCU